CCAAGAUGAAGAAACGCGAUUUCAGCCUGGAACAGCUGCGUGAGUACGACGGGCUUCAGAACCCGCGGCUCCUGCUCGCCGUCAACGGCAAAGUCUUCGAUGUGACCAAAGGGAAGAAAUUCUACGGACCCGGUUUGUAAUUAACUGUUGCAGUUAUUAUGCGGCAAAACAACGUGAGGAUGAGAAGAAAAGGAAAAUCCAGCUCUUUGAAAUGUAGGCAGCAGGAUUACUCCUAAGAGUGUACUUGAUUGUAGAUAUAUACAUCUCCCAUUUGUGGGUGCACUGGUGAAAACCAGCCCAGGCUCCAGAACUGACUGCAUGGCAGACCCUGAAGAUAAAGGCCUGUGAUUCUGAAUGGAACUCUCAUCCAUGAGGAAUAGUUGAGAUGACUGGCAUAGAUGCAUUUAAGGCAAAACUGAAUAGAUACACGAGGGCAAAAGCAUAUGCUUCUAUUCCUAAAUGGAAGGGUGAGAGGAGGAUCUGGACUGAAUGGCCUGUUCCUAUGCCGUUAACACCAAUGUGAAUGUAAAAUAAUCAUUUUAGUUACGUAAGCGUGGCAACUGAUCCCAUCGCAUUGAAGUAUGGCCAAGUGUGCUCGGACUGUGUUGCUUCAAGUUGGAGAAUCAAAGCAGAGCAACAGGUGGACAGCUGUCCUACAACAGGAUACAGGAAGAAUGUAUGUAUAUAAGCAUUCAGCUUUGAACUUUUUGGAAAACAUUUUGGAAAAAAUAUUCAAAGAUUAUGCCUACAUGGCACUUGGACCAGAUACGAAUCACUCUAUAAUCUUCAAGGAGGACGAUGUGCAACUUGGAAGAGAUCUUCGAAAUGAAUGUGUUCCUGCAACAUUGCUAAUCUUGUCUGCCCUGACAGUUGUUACAGAUGGUCCCUAUGGCAUAUUUGCUGGCCGAGAUGCCUCUAGAGGAUUGGCUACUUUCUGUCUUGAUAAAGAAGCUCUGAGGGAUGAAUUUGAUGAUCUGUCCGAUUUAAAUGCUGUACAGAUGGAAAGUGUUAGAGAAUGGGAGAUGCAAUUUAUGGAAAAAUAUGACUACAUAGGCCGGCUGCUGAAACCAUGGGAUGAACCGUCAGAAUAUACAGAUGAGGAAGAUGUUAAGGAGCACUCAAAGCAGGACUAAAACUGUUCAGCAACCAAAGCAAGGGCCUUCCGUGCUGCAACUUACUUUACUCAGAUUUCUGCAGCUUUCUUUUUCUUCACAAGCUACAAAUAAUUGAAUGCAAAAUAUAUUUUGUAAAAAGUGAUGAAUACCCUUGUGUGGAGAUUUUAAUUAAAAUGUCCAGUAUAUGCUGCCAACAUUGUUUUGCAGUUGUUGUAUAAGUCAGGUAUGGUUACGUCCAUGUUAGCAAAAAAAAAAGAACACCCAGGAGUUGACUUUUCUUGGACCUUUUGUUUGCUGGUGGAAGUGAGAUGGGCUUAAACCAUCUGACAUCACCAAUGUUUCAAGAUUCUUUAAACUGGGUGUAAUAGGACAAGACCCUGUAUCUUGGGAUCCUUGUUUCGUGCAAUUUUUUAUGUACAGCAACAUUACAAACAAUCACCAGUGAUCUUGCUUUUACAGUAAAACAGUAAGUAGUUUGCACUACUGACAGCUGGGGUUCAGAGAUGAAUUUUGAAUUCUCUGCGCAGUGUGGUUUUAUAGGCUUUUUUCCAUAAAACUGCACUAAAUCAGUAUAUAGUAAUCAAAGGAAAGAGGGGUACUGCUAACUGAUUAUGCUGAUUCAGUUUCAAAAUGUUAUGUGGUUUAUUUCCACUGAAUGUUACGCAAUUAUAUUUCUCUGCAAUGAUGUAACACUGAAGUCUGGCUCCCCUCCAUUUAUCGAAAUGUAGGUAAUAUUCAUUGUGCCUUAUUUUGAUUACUUUUCUACUUCAACUUGAAAUAUUGUGAAUCAAUUUCCCCAAACCUGAGUCAAUGCUGUAAUAGUGUUCAAAGAAGAAAAGCAGUCAUUGCCUGUACCUCUGUUUAUCAUUGCCUGUAGUGUGAUAUUGCCAUUGGUAGAGUGGGAGGAAAAGUCCACUCGUGCUAAUGUAAGUGUAGCUAGCAUAUCUACUGAUACUGCCAUAUUUAUGUAGUGAUUGUAUAGUUUUGUGUUGUCAUAGUCUGAAACCCACGUUGCAUUUAUUUUCCUCCUUGUUUGGAGUAGCUCUUCUAUUCUGUGGGAGAGGAGAGUACCUUUAUUUAGCUUGUGUGGGAUAGGAAAAGAAAUUGGGAUGGUAAGGCAAUGUGAAUUUUGUAAAUAUGUGUGCAACUGUUUUAAUGAAAACAUACAACUAGGCAGAACCGACUUCAUGUAGAGUAUUAAAUCUUGAAUCAGAGCUAUAGGUUAUGAUGGAUCAGAUGGAUAUUGCACAAUAAACUUGGUUAUUAAUCUGG